AUUUAUGAAAAAAGACCAAUGCGAUAUUGAGCGACAACAAACAACACAGAAGCUUCCAAUCUUUGCCAUAUUUUUAAAAAAAAACACCAUUUAUUUUCGUUAUUAUCUAGCUACAUUUUACCGAAACAUCAUAUAUUAUCACCUUCAAUGGGCGAUCAAGCUUCAUUGCUACUAAAGAGACAACUUCAAGACCUGAAUAAGAAACCUGUUGAAGGCUUCUCAGCAGGCUUGGUUGAUGAUGACAACUUAUUUAAAUGGGAAGUGAUGGUGAUGGGACCAACAGAUUCGUUCUAUGAAGGAGGUUUCUUUAAAGCACAUUUGAUGUUUCCACCUGAGUAUCCACAAAAACCACCAAAAAUGAAAUUUGUCAGUGAAUUUUGGCAUCCUAAUGUGGCAAAAGAUGGAGAUGUAUGUAUAUCAAUUCUACACGAGCCAGGGGAAGAUAAAUUUGGAUAUGAACGACCAGAGGAGAGGUGGUUACCCAUACACACGGUAGAAACGAUAUUGUUAUCAGUCAUCUCAAUGAUCAACGAACCUAAUGACGAAUCACCAGCCAACGUAGAUGCAGCUAAAGAAUGGCGGAAUGAAUACGAUACGACAUUUAAAAAGAACGUCAGACGAUGUGUAAGGAAAAGCCAGGAAUUUUUAUGAUACACAACAUUUCAUGUUUAAUCUGUAGUAAUACUCUGUAUCUCUUUAAAAUUAUGUAAAUGGAUAUCUUAAUAAGUUUGGUUUAAAGUUUUAACGAAUUAUGCUGCCAAAAACAGUCUAUCUUUUCUUUCUAGCAAAAUUUUCUUAAAAUAUUCUAAAUAACUUGCCGCCUUUUUUUUCGGCUUGAGUUAGUCCGACAUUUUUUUAUCUUAACGGUAAUAUCUAAGUUUUGAUAGAGUCUUGUUCACUCGUUUAACUGUAAACUUAAUGCCUCGUUUAUCCCCGACGCGCAGCGUCUAACCUGAUACAAUGCAAAUAUUUUGAAAACUUCUCAUUUGAGUGGUGCAGUGUGUUAUGCUGGUGACAUUCUCAAGGUACAGCUUGACGUCAAGGGAGGGUGCAUAACACUUGUUUUUACAUCUACAACAACGAUGAUAUUCCUCAGAUUUAUAAUAAAUUAGUUUACGAAACGUUUUAUUGUGAUAAAAACUCUGCUUUCAUUCAUUUAGAAUCUGUUGUAAAUCGAACAUUGUAUAUUAUCUAUGAUGAAAGAAAAUUAAUACAAAAAAUUUCAACCACAA